UAAUCAGUAUACAGAACGGAACAAUAACAAAACGUUACUGUUAUCUAACGAUCGUCUAUCUCUGAACAAGCGGACUCGAAACCGAACCCAUCUACCCCUCCCCCGAGACGGAGGCGUGACUAAACAACCUCCUCACACCUACCAAGUCCGACACAACAAUACCAUCAUGUCCUCGUAUUUUGCUUCCCUAGCAUCAUCAACCACAAUCUCAAACCUCGGCACCCGCCUCAACAGUCUCCGUCGAGCAAUCACCUCGGGUGACGAAAAGGACGACCCGGACAACGAAGACUGCUCACACAUCUCCAACGUUCUUCGGGCUUAUUACACAGAAAAAGGUCGCCCAUUCCCGGAAUGGCUUCCUCCAGACCCCAAGGCACCCGCAGCACAACCACGGUUAGUCGCUACUCAGGCAUCACUUCAACAGGGGAGUACGAGUCCGUACGGUCAACCGCAGGCAACAUACACAGGACGCGGAGGAGGAUUGGGUGAUUUAUGGGGGGAGUCGGGUCCUGCAGAACCUCCGCAAACACAGACUUCCAGUUUGCGGAGUCGGGUUUCACGGCGGCCGCUGCCUAGUCAGCGUGGUGAUACGUAUCCAUCGCAUUCCAGUUCUGGAGGAGCAUCGGGCGGCGGUUCUGCGUCGGAGAGGCUACGAGCUCGACUUCAGGGUGGUGGUAGCAGUCAAAGUCCACCUCCUUCACGUCCCCAACAGCAAUAUCAAGCAUACAGUUGGGACGGCGGGCAGGGACAGGGAGGUUAUGGAGCAAGUGGAGGGAGCGGAGGAUACAAACGUCCUGGCGGUUUACCCAGUGGUCCGAAACCGCAACGGUGA